GGCUGAUGGGAAUUCAGUCUUUGGUGCUGGUGAAGGUCUUGUGUGGAUGAACAAAGUCGAGUGCAGAGGGAAUGAGAUUCACCUGUGGGACUGUCCUCUCUCCCUGAAUAACCACACUGACUGCUCCCGCAAAGAGCACGCUGGACUCACCUGUGCAGAUGUGUCAGUGUCCAUUACUCCUCCCACAACAACAUCAGCAUCUCCCCCAGUGCUUGUGAUUGUUCUGGGAGUUGUGCUCUUACUGCUCUUAGUGCCACUGCUUAUACUGAUUCAGCAGAACAGAGUGAUGAAGAGAGCUCUCUCUGACUGGUACACAGGACUACACAAGACACCGACUGAGGCUGUUUAUCACGAGAUUUAUCACAGACAGCAUCACUUCACUCAGAGGGGUGAGGCAUCAUGAAAGGAUGUUAAAAGAUUUAACUAUUUUACCAUUUAUAUGUUUCGAAAUUAUGAAAACCUUGGCGAGAAAAGGCCAUCAACAGCCAAGUAAACAAAAAUUUGGGACUUCAGUCAAAUGAGAUUAAAUGAUGGGAGACUUCAGUGAUACAGAUCUAUUUAUAUACUGUAGAUCAGUGAACUUGCCUUUAUGACGUCAUGGGAGAGUCUCGGAAUGUAGAUAAGGUUUGUCCAAGAAAUUGAUUUUGUUGCCAGGCUUUUGAAAAAAAGUCUCUAAAGGGGUGAGGAAUAAACUCGCUAAAUCGGCAACAUUAGCACACUGACUACAACAUACGUUAUUUACAUUUCAUUGGUCUUCUUGUUUUUGCAUGUGAUCAUAAUUUCUUUGUAUGGGAGCAUGGCCAAAAAUUAUGACUGCACAAUUUGGCAUGUUUCACUGCAUUAUUAUUACAAAUAAAACAACUGACUCUAAGCAACUAUGCAAUAUGCUUAUAAAAUCUUGCAUUUUUUUUUUUUUAAUUAAGGGUGAAGAUAUCACAUUUCCUAGGCUGGACAUCACUUUUGGCCACUACUAAAUGGCAGUUUAUUG